UUUUGUUGUGCGGUACGGAUGAGCAGGCCGGGAUCUUUUUGUUCGGCAGACGGUAGGCCGCAGGCUAACCAGCCAGCCGUGUCGCCACCCUCGCAUUUGUUUCCAACCCCGCGCCAAUCGGCUGUGGUGGCGUGGCCGACAGAAAUGAGUAUAAAUACCCGAGCACUACUCCGGCUGGCGAAUUGGAUAUUGUGCUGGUACUGUUCAGACAAGCCGGUCAUGCUGUAGACAUUGCGGCGGAUCAGCUCCCUCAACACUACAUACACAAGUUCAUGGCAUACGGGAGUGGAUUCUUAUACGCUAGCCGUAGAUCUGGUGAAUGAUUUCGGCAUCUGAAGACACCUGUUGACCACAGACUUUGAUACCGACUGUACUAACGCUGAAACUGGUGCGAUUAGCGUGGGAAUCCUGCCAGCCGAGGCCUUCAACAUGUAUAUAAAUCGAUGCCGAACCGCAAGCUGAGUCAACUUGACCGACACUAUCUUAGAUAGCCACAUUGUCACGCCCACGGACAUUGGACCCUGCCAUCAUGAUACACAACAGGCUGCACCCGAUUGGUAAUUUCGAAAGGACAACAUCGAGGCUGUAGAUAUAUACCACCAGACAGAGUUCACACGCUGAUAUGAUACCACAUUGGUUUGCUACUAUUCUAGGCAUGAACAAGCACAGACGAAGAACUGUUUUUCGCUAAAUACAAUAUUUUUGGGUCACAGUAAAGUAUCCUUAAAGAUUUCCACCAAUGAGAUAACUUUGAUCGUUGACCAACAAAGUGACAUUAUGGAUACCAAAAGCCCAUUCAGAAGUUCCCGUAUACCACCGCACUUUGAUGCCACAACCACACCCUACCUGCGAGCUGCCGCCGGUAACCGUGGAACAUCGCAGCCCCUUUCAGCGACAGCCGCAUCUCCCCACUUGGAUCCCUCUGUUUACCACAACAGACACUACUUCUCAAAUGAGCUGAUGCAGUACCACGCAUCCUUGGCAAAUGUCCAAAAAAUGCGUCAGCUGAACGCCAGCGCCACGCACUUUAACAAGACAGAUGACUGUGUUGGAAGACCAGUGGAAAGCUACCGCCCUAAAUCGAUUGUUUAUGGAAGUGCCUUCUCAGACCCGGAACUGAACUGGAGUCGAGCCAUUCAGGAGACAGCUCUGCGAGAUAUGCGCAACGAUAUGCUGUCCCCCAACGCUAUAGGGAUGGGCCAAACAAAACGACCUAAGCAUUGCUCCGUCAACUUAACACCAAAGCUGGAAGACCAAAGGGUGGUGCAGUAUCACAGGUCAGGUUCCUAUAACCAGGGAGUGCCUGCUAAUCUCAACCAUCUUCAGAUGCAAGGCCGACCAGAACCGCAGCCUUUUGCAAAUAGGUUUGCAUUGCCCGGCAUGGAGCGCACUCCCUCUCUGGAUCCAUCGUGUGGUGGACGAAGAGAGAGUGCCUUUUCCAGGCCGGCAUCUCACACAGAGUCACCAGCAGCCUACAGUUCUCUUGAUAUGGAAAUUCGGCGACUUCAAGGAAUGAUCACGAGGGUGGAGAUGUUGAGAGAAAAGUACAAACAUCAGGAGGGUACACUGCAAUAUCCAAGGGCGCAUCACAAGACACACGCCCAAGGGAUGCACGGUGGACCCUUCUCAGCUGCUCAGCCCAGCAGCUUAAUGGCUUGGUACAGUGAAGAACAGAUGCAGCAAGCGACUCGCGCAGGGAACAGGUCCAGUUACUUGAGUGGGUAUCCAUUUCAACAGGAUGUUUCUCAGCUCUUUGCUCAGAAAUCUGGUCCAGACAAAGAUGUCUCAAAGCAGCGUGCCAUCCAGCAAGCGAGAUGUGCAACUGCACCUGUCAGAGAGUUUCCCAGGGAUUACCUCCCUGACAAUCAUAAAGACGGAAUGCCGAGAAUCGUAGAGGUUCGGAGCUUGGCCCAAGGAGCAGGGCAACAAGCCAUGUACCCAGAGAAGCCCCAGAGACUAUAUCCAGAAAUUUCUCAACCCAAAGUAACAUUUACCCCCAAACAUAGCAUAAGACUAUCUUCUGAGUCCUCAAGGAAUGAGACGGGAAGUGUGGAAUCACUCGACAGCGGCGUUGAAUGCAUGUCCUCGCCCACUGAUGCGCAGUCUCAACGCAACUUAGCUAGUGGGUACGGAAGGUUCAAACAGCUGGAAGACAUGUACGUUAAAGACGAGGCGGUUGGUAGACCAGACUCCCAUCAGUCGUUACCGUGCCAUCCCUUAUCCAACCCAAUACAGCUAUGUACUCCACCUAGCACCUCGCAGCUUGAACGCAGACCCGGCCUUGCCUUAUCACCGCCGCUUACAAAGACCAAAAGAAAGCGGGUUAUUCCAAACACCAUCGUGGAAACUAUGGCUAAGAAGCCAAAGUCUGGAAUUGUCAACUCCGCAGAUGAGACAAAAAUGCCUGAAAUCGGGCCAGGACAUGCGUCCUCUGUGCCCAGGGAGGAAAAUAACUACGCACUGGAUUUAAGUUUGAAGAAGGGACAUACCCAGGACAGGAAUAGUCCCAAAGAACCGUUGAAAAGUCUACAGACACAGACUCAUUCGGACAAUGGAGCAAUGAACCUUUCCAUACAAUAUAAAGCAGGCGUUGUGGUCCGCUCGAAGAGUUACCCGGCGGAUAACUGUCCUGGGAUUCUUCACCAUCACGGGAAAGCAGCAUCGAUGGAGGAUCUCGUUGCACUCUCUGUCAAGUUAGCAAACGAGGUUCCCCGAGGGAAGGAAGUCAGGGAUCCGAAAGAGAACAUGAGUCAAGAUCAGCAGCUGGAAACAAGGGGACGCUUCAUCUCUAAGCUCAUACGGAGGGCUGAAGGCAUGCUGUUAGAAGGACCUGGUUCGGCGUCUAGCAGCAGGGGAAACGGAACCCCGGAAUCAGCAGCCCCCUCUGAUAUCAGAGAGUUCAAAAGCACCACUCCUAAAACACCUACGGAGAAUGUCGGAGAGGACAGAAACUGGACCACCAACUCGCCUGAAGAUCACUCGAGCAAAACACCAGACUCGGCCGAGUCGAAUCCCAAGUCGCGCAUGCCUGGAACCAAGAACCCUCUAUACAUUGACGUGAUGGUGAAUGAAGCUCUGCGCAUUUUCAUGUCACCGCCCUCGGAGGAGGAGAUUGAGAGACAUGACAUGUCCAUAUCAUUUGAUUCUCCGAGCGAGAAGGGGGAGAACCCCGUCUGUAAUUCUCCUGGUCCACUGAUCAUUAGUCAGGAUGAGACUGACAACGACAACUGUAAUAUACCUGCCGCAGCUUCACUCCUAAGGGAGCCUACCAAAACAAGAGAAAUGGGAAGCACAUGUGCAGCUGUUGUCAGUGAAUACACUGGAAAUAAGCCAUGCCAGUGUAUAGAGAAGUCACUAUCUGCACAAAACCGUACAGCACAGUCUCCGGUGACAUUUCAAUCGCAACCUUUACAUAUCUCUAAACCCCAACCCACUCAGAACUCUCAAUUUCAACCCGCCGAGCACUCUAAAUCACAUCCUACUCAGAAAUCAACGACUGCUCCCCAAGCAUCCGGGUCCCCGACAAGAAAAAUGAAGUUCCCCGACGUCCGCGUAGUGGUGCGCCCGCUGCAAUCGAUUGCCCCCAAACCGGUCACCAAGAUGAGUCCACCAAUCCUGAUCCAGGCGCUCCCUUGGGUCCAAGCAGAUAACGUGACCAAAGUGCCUACCGCGAAACAGGAAUCUCCGCCAAGCAAACCAGACGAUUCACAAGACAAUCUGGAAGGAUCGGCCUGCUCCGCCCCUAAUUUUCUCAUCCCCACGGAAGAUGGGUUCCGGCGGAUGCAGAAGGUGGACGCCAAGAUUCGGGAGAUCUACCGGGUGACGGUCCAACCCUUGGAGGUUGUCCAAUCUAAGAAUCCCCGUAAGCAGGUCCUGAAGGCCUCCUACAGUGUUUACUACCGUGAGAUGAACUUCCCCUGCGUGCUGCGUUCGGAGGUGCCCUUCGUACCAACACAGCUUCUGGUCCAGGACCUGUUUCCCGGGAUCAAAGCGUCUAGCGUUUGCAAAGCGAUGCAGCACUGCAACAUCCUGAACCGCUACAUGAUUCGCCACGAGCAGGAGGCAUUACAGGACCAGCUUAGGAGGCGGGGCAUUACCAGCUGUAAGCUCCUCCCACUGGAUGAGUUCCAUGACAAAUGGGAUGAGAUACUGAACCGCAUACCAAGCGUAGAAACACCAGAAGCUCGGAACUAAUGUUAUUAAGAAGUGCAGAGACCGUACCCCAAAAGGAAUCCAAAGAGAAUACUAUUGGUAUUUGGUAUUGGUAUUGUUUUAUUUCCAUACAUCACAUUAAUAAUGUAACACAGUUAUGUACAACUAUAAUUACAAGGUAGAAAAGAGAAAAAAAGUACAAAAAGUAACUGAUUGAUAAUACAGCGGAAUUCCAGCAUAUAACAAGGAUGUUUUAAACUCAAUGCAAUACGUUAACAACUCGAGAACGAAAACAAUCUAAGUUCUGUGACUGCAUUAAUAUCCACAAUAGUGAUAGAAAUGUAAUACGUGUACUGAAUGCUACGGGAUAAAUAAAUUAUAUUACACUGAAAAUAAGAAUAUUCUUUCGGUACUUUUUAAAACCAUGCAUACUUCUAAAGUAAGGUACUGGAGUGAUUUUAUGCCAGAGAAAUGGGCCUUGGUGUCAAACUGUUUUAAUAAAUUAGUUCUUGCUUUUCCAAUGUAAAGCUUAGGUGCUGAUCUGGUAUUAUGUAGGCCUAAGUGGACCUCAGUACAUGUAUUCUUCUGAAACAAUGAUUUAACUUCACAGCAGAAGAUUAUUUUCAAAUUUAAACAUAAGGAUACCCAGGUGAUAUUUGUAUAAAUUGUGAGCGUGUUGAGUUUCUUGAAGAGGGGUCCGGUGUGAUCUCUAGGACUGGACUUCGGGAUAACUCGUAGCGACUUCUUUUGUAAAAUUACUUUUAUUCAUUAGAAUAAUCUGAAAAUUACCCCAGACUAAAAAUCCACACUAAAGAUGGGGCAGAGCUAGGGUGUUAUAAAUGGAAAAUAGAACAUUUGUUGGCAAUAUGCACUUUAGCUUGCGCAAAAUGCCUAGUACAUGUGAGACUACUAAAUACGAGGAUUGAAUGAGACAUUUAGUUCAGUAUAUUCUUUUUUGUGUUGAACAGUUGGUUGAUAAUUCACGCUGAAGUUAAAGGGAGGCGAAUUUUGUUGACACCUACAGGCUUAUAGUGACGUUCGCCGUUAACCUUUUUAACAAAUGCAUUAAUACAAAUGCGCUUAAAACAAUUAAAACAAUUAAUUAACUUGGCAUAAUGCUAGUAAUUAAGAUGUAAAUUGAAAAAGUCACUCAAAUUAAAAAAGGUCACAAAAACCACAUCAAGAUAGUGAUGAACAAAGAUUUAUCCAUCAGGAUUUUCACUAAUAAGUCUUGUGUACAAAGCUUUUACUCAAGAGAGCCCUUUUUCAUUUUGAUAGAUUUUUUUGGUUGGCCUUAACUGACAACCUACUAUUUUUUAAAAGAUAAAAUUCGUAAUGGCGAAUGGUAAAAAUUUAAAAUGACAAUUUCUAUUAGCCACGAAGCUGACGCGACAGCGUCAAGCGUGGCACUGUCUUAGCAUAUUGACAAAACCCGACAUCCGAAAGAAUUAUUCGCCGACACUUUUUUAGCUGCCAAAGCUGUUUCGCAUUUUCCUGUUAGCGAAAGCGACCACUCACUUAUCUUACCUUAAAAUAGAGUUUAAUUCUGAUAAAAGCACUAUCUAAUGAAACAACAAUUUGUGACUGUUUCAACUCAGCGACCGCGCAGCUCUGCGACACAUCCAACCUUUCUAAAAAAUAAAACGUCAAUAUACCCCGUUUUCCUUUUUAUUUGAGUAAGUGCACUUACUGUUUUAAACAUAUUAGGUUUAUU